CCCUCUGAAGAUGCUGCUUCUUGAUCACUGGGCCUUCUGCCUCUCGCUUCUCCUGCUCCUGGUUGCGUCCUCCUCUGGGUUUUUCGGCUGGCUCACUCGAAGUGGAACCCCAGAAAAAGCCCCUGUGCCCCCCGCACCCCCUCCGGACCCAGCUCGGCUUCCCCAUGUGCCUUUUGAGAUGACCACGGCAGAUGAGAGGUUCUCAGCUGAGGCCCGGCGGCUGGAUCUCUCGCCCCUGGACUCCUGCCACCAUAAGGUGGUUGCACAGCUUCGGUCGUCUUGCACGGACCUGACAGAAGAGGAGCUGGCCAAGCUGGGCGUCUCCCUGUUUCAACUGCCAGGCCAGCGUCGAAGGACGUGGGACUUACCUGUGCACUGCCGACAUGACUCUAGCACAAUGCACCGCGGGGAUGGAUCCAGACACCUGGAACGCCUACCACAUCGUGAGCAACCGAGCCCGGGCUGUCUGCUAUGCACCCGUCAGAUGCAGUUCACAAGGCUGCUCCUGGAGCCCAGAAUCAGCAUCCACUUCAAAGCCUGA